GCCCCAGACUCGACUAACGGUGACCGUCUCUUCCUCCUGGUCAACUCUCCACGUCCUCUGCAACCGUCCACCGCUACAUUCAUCUGGCAGCACCGGACAUGGCAAGCAACGGAUCUACCCGCAGGAAGACGUACGAUGCGCCAGGCACUUUUAAACCGCGCACCUCGUCCCAUGCAACCCAACCCCCUGAACACUCGCCCAUGGACAGUAUGGCCUCGCUGCGGCUCCCUCAGGUGUCUGCGAAAGGUGUCUCAACAUUGAAUGGCUCUUCGGCGUCGCACAGGAAGCAUUCGUCGCCUAUGAUGCCUUCGUUCAUGGUGUCUGCGCCAGGGAAAGUCAUAGUGUACGGAGAGCACGCCGUGGUGCAUGGCAAAGCCGCAAUUGCUGCGUCAAUAUCCCUCCGCUCCUACCUGCUCGUCUCCUUCCUCUCUAAAUCGCACCGCACCGUUACCCUCCGCUUCCCUGAUGUCCAACUGGAGCACACAUGGAACCUGGACGAGCUGCCGUGGGAAGCAUUCUCCACGCCAGGCAAGAAGAAAUACUAUUACGAUCUCGUGACGUCGUUAGACCCUAGCCUCCUCACCGCCAUCCAACCGCACAUAGACGCAGUAUCCCCAAAGGUUCCCGAGCCGAUGCGCAAGAUACACCACCGGUCCGCCUUAGCCUUCCUCUACCUCUUUCUAUCUCUCUCAUCACAAAAGUCUCCGCCAUGCAUCUACACCCUACGCUCUACAAUUCCAAUAGGGGCUGGCCUGGGUAGCAGUGCCACUAUAGCCGUCUGCCUGAGUGCAGCUCUUCUCCUGCAGAUCCGCGCUCUAAGUGGACCCCACCAAGACCAGCCCCCGAAGGAAUGCGAGCUGCAAAUUGAGCGCAUCAAUCGCUGGGCUUUUGUCGGGGAGAUGUGCAUUCACGGCAACCCGUCGGGAGUCGACAACACCGUCUCCUCAGGCGGCAAAGCCGUUCUCUUCCAACGAAAAGAUUACGAAAAACCCUCAACCGUCAUCCCACUCCCCAACUUCCCUGAACUCCCUCUCCUCCUCGUAAACACACGUCAAUCCCGCAGUACCGCCACCGAAGUCGCUAAAGUCGCUACCCUGAAAUCCGCACACCCCGCCCUCCUCGAAAACAUACUUGACGCAAUUGGUCUCGUAACAGAAUCCGCAUACAAGCUCCUCACAACUCCCGAUUUUGACCCAACCUCCCCAAUCUCACUGAAGCACCUGGGCGACCUGAUAACCAUCAACCAUGGCCUCCUCGUCUCUCUUGGUGUCUCACACCCUAAACUCGAGCGAAUCCGUGAAUUGAUCGAUCACACGGGUAUUGGCUGGACCAAGCUGACCGGCGCAGGAGGCGGAGGAUGCGCAAUUACAAUUCUGAAGCCGCAACCCACGGCUAUGCAUAGCAAUGGUAGUGACAAUGGCAACGGUACCGGAGCCGGCAACAAUCACCGGGCGGAUUCCUCAUCCGAAGACGAAGACUCGAGCGAAGAACACGAUUGCAGCGCGUCCAUUAUCUCCACGGGCACAAAGCUCAAGCACAAGAUUCUCGACAAUCUCGAAGCCAAGCUUGAAAACGAAGGGUUUGAGAAGUUUGAAACUACGCUCGCCGGAGAUGGUGUUGGUGUGCUGUGGCCCGCUGUUUUGCAUAAUGGAAAUGAGGAGGAAGGAGGGGAGGAGAUUGAUCAAGAGAAGUUCUUACGAGCGAAAGGGAAUGAGGGGAUUGAGCGCUUGGUUGGCGUAGCGUCGGCGAGGAAGAGGAAAGUCGAGAGGGAGGUAAGAGAAGGGUGGAAGUUUUGGCGGCCAUGGGAGAGGCAGCCAUGAGUGGUUGUCUUGGGCAAACUGACUUUUGGAUGCGCGGCAAAAUUCUGCGGUCAUGUUGACGUGCUGUUAGUCCGACUUUAGUUCUGCCAUCUCUUCUUCGUCUUAUCACUCAUUAGGGCGUUCUCGCUAUAUAUUCUUUAAGGGCAAGGCGUUGGAGGCAGAUUUCUAACGUAUGUCAUUUCAUUUCAUAUACACCUGGGAGAUGGUAUUUUUAAGGAAAGCCUAAGGAAAAGACAAAAGGGUUGGGCAAAACUUCUUUUUUUUUAGUGUUGUAGAUACCUAAAGUUUUAUUUAUAAUAAAUGCAAG